CUUUGAUCAACAACGCUUGGAGCGGUACGCGCCCGUUACGCACUCGCUCCUUCCGCACCUUUACGAGGACUAUAAUAUGUCACGGACAUUCGGGACAGUCUUGAAAUGACCGAACAAAAGGCACGACUUUGAAUUCAUCUCUCACGGAACCACCGCGCUCCUCCCCAAAGAACCGGAAUUGGCUGCGCUCCGGAGGGGGCAAGAGAGGGGAACCGAGGGGCAUGCCGCUUACUUUUACACGUUUCUGUUGUGCGAUUAGACGGUAUUCGUCAGACAGACUUGAGUUAUGGGAUGUAUCGGGAUGGUUUAUUCCGCUGGGUGUGUUCCAAAACUUUUGUGUCAUUUGCAUAAUGCGUACUUGUGUCUCAACACGAAGUGUUCGUUGUCUUGUUACGGUUUAAGAUGCCAGAGAAAAAGCUGAAACAUUUAUACGAAUGUGGAGAGAAGGCUGUUAUGGAUUUGUCUGUGUGAUUAGUUGAGAUGCUGAGAUUACAUUACCAGUAAUAAUAUGUAGACGCGCAUUUAUGAUCAAGGAUUAUAGUCUUCUCAUGAAUAAUUACACAUGAGCGACUGUUCGGCACUUUUGUUUCACGUGCAGACUGUUAGAAAGCUUGAUAACUUUUUUAAGGGAUUAGAGUAAUUAUUAUUUGGCACACAUGGUUUAUGAUUUUACUGAUAACCAGAAUGAUGUUAUGAUUUGGAAAAGUGUGAUAAAGCGAGUUUGUUAGUUAACGCAAUAAUGUUAGGAAGUCCUUCCAAUAACGGAGGCAUCAGGAUGCUCUCUUCCCCUUCGCCCAAUGACGACAGGCGGGUCGAGUUUGUGGCUCUCGCGGCUGUGCACACUGAAAGAAGCGAGCCGUCAACUCCAGAGCGCGGACACCCGUCUCACCGCACCGGUUUACUGGGCACACCGCUGCCCGCGCCGCCGGGACCCAGUGCGACCCCUUCCGCCUCCAGCAAACGCUACAGAAAGUUACAAAACUGCCUGUACAACGUGCUCGAGAGACCCAGAGGAUGGGCAUUUAUCUAUCACGCCUUCAUUUUUCUUCUGGUGUUCAGCUGUCUGGUGCUUUCUGUUUUCUCCACCAUUCCAGAAAAUCAGAAAUUCGCCAAUGAGGCGCUCUUCAUUCUGGAGUUUGUGAUGAUCGUGGUGUUCGGUCUGGAGUAUUUUGUGAGGGUCUGGGCUGCCGGAUGCUGCUGCAGGUACAGAGGAUGGCAGGGUCGAUUACGCUUCGCCAGGAAGCCCUUCUGCGUCAUAGACUUUAUUGUCUUUGUGGCGUCGCUGGCAGUGAUAGCGGCGGGCACGCAGGGAAACAUCUUCGCUACAUCUGCUUUGCGCAGCAUGCGUUUUCUGCAGAUUUUGCGCAUGGUGCGCAUGGACCGCAGAGGAGGCACCUGGAAGUUACUGGGCUCGGUGGUGUACGCUCACAGCAAGGAGCUUAUCACAGCCUGGUACAUCGGCUUCCUGGUGCUGAUCUUUGCAUCUUUUUUGGUCUAUUUGGCUGAGAAAGACAGCAACAUUGAGUUUGCUACUUAUGCUGACUCCCUCUGGUGGGGAACUAUAACCCUCACUACAAUCGGCUACGGUGACAAGACUCCACACACCUGGCAAGGUCGACUUUUAGCAGCUUGCUUUGCCCUGUUGGGAGUGUCCUUCUUUGCACUGCCUGCUGGCAUCCUGGGGUCAGGUUUUGCGCUGAAGGUUCAGGAGCAACACCGACAGAAACACUUUGAGAAGAGAAGGACCCCCGCUGCCAACCUCAUACAGGCUGCAUGGCGUCUCUACUCAACAGAUGCUCAGCAUUCUUAUCUCACAGCUACCUGGUAUUUCUAUGACAGUAUGCUGCCAUCUUUCAGAGAACUGACAUUAUUGUUCAGUCACCUCCAACGGCCGCGUAGCGCCAAGAAGGUUCUCCAGAACUCCUACCACACCUUGCUGUCGGGGCUCCGGCCGUAUAGCUCUCCCUACCUGUCGGGAGACAGGAGGACCGACGUUACAUGCAGUCAGCUCGUUUCUAAAAAGCGAGGUUUCUUCCGGAUUCAUGGUGGCAGUAAGCAGAGUGGAAAGCUUGGAUUCCGUGACCGCAUAAGGAUGAACAAUUCCCGUUCCUCUCAGGCGAUCCGCAGCAAGGCUUCUCCUUUACCCCCGGGAAACGUGCGGCAUUCACCCAGCACAGAGAACAUUCCAGAAGCCACCAGCCCCGGUAAGGUCCAGAAAAGCUGGAGCUUCAACGAUCGGACUCGAUUCCGUACCUCCCUCCGCCUCAAACCACGACCUGCUGCGGACGUAGAGGGAGUUGGAGAGGAGAACACAGAAGACAAAUCUUACUGUGAUGUUGCCAUGGAAGAUGUCAUACCCGCUGUGAAGACCCUGAUUCGAGCCGUUAGGAUUCUCAAAUUCCUGGUGGCCAAGCGGAAGUUUAAAGAAACGCUCCGGCCCUAUGAUGUAAAGGAUGUGAUCGAGCAGUACUCGGCGGGACACCUCGAUAUGCUUGGCAGAAUCAAAAGUCUGCAGAUGAGGGUGGAUCAGAUUGUGGGACGUGGUGCCAUUCCAACAGAUAAAAAGUCGAGGCCUGAGAAAGGAGAAAAGACUCCUCCUGAUCUGGAACAGAUGGAUGAAUUAAGCAUGAUGGGGCGUGUAGUGAAGGUGGAGAAGCAGGUGCAGUCUAUUGAAAACAAGCUGGACCUCCUACUUAACUUCUAUUCCCAGUGCCUGAAAAAGGGCUCGUCCCACUUCACGCUCUCGUCCCUGCUGGAACCAGACCUGACCUCUGACUACCACAGCCCUACUGAUCAACAUGACCUCUUCCCUUCUGCCAACACCCUUAAUAUCUCCCACUCAGACAGCGGCAACAUAGAAUGACCCGCAGGGAAACUGUGGGAAGAACUGAGAUCAGCCCGCAGCCACACGCUGACUGUAGCAUCAGGGCACUCAUCCAAAGGCUAAAUACCUCCCUACAUUAACCAACUGCAACACGAGUCAUAUCACACGCUCUCUCAAAAACAAAUCAAAAAACAACCGUGGCAUCCUUGCAUGGGUUCGUCCUUUGCACAGCUGGAUAGUGACCUCUUACCCUGUUUUUCUAGAGUAUGCCUUGCGAACACUCUUGCAUUUCAUCAUUUUUUGUUCAUCCUUAAACAUGCACACAGUAGUGGUAAGAAAAGUCCUCACUUGUGCCUGUUGCUUUCUUUUCAUUGAUUCAAGACUAUUUUGUCAGAGAAAUAAUCUCGCUGGAUGAUGCCAUUGAGGUUUACUCUGCAUUCUGUGAACAUUCACAGCGGACUCCUUUUUAGCAACGACAAACUUUUCAUUCAGUCUUCCGAAAUAUAUGUUGAAAAAUCACUGCUAUAAAACGUUCUCCUCUCAAGUUUCUUUUAAACAACAAACGUUGUUAUUAUGUCAUGUAUGGUGUUCCUCUCUGGAACUCUUAGUGCCAAUAUUGUUUCUUGGUUUUGGUUUUUGAUAAUCAUUAGGCCCACAGAGCAAUUCUAUUUUUCUGUCUUUUUUUGUAAAAAAAAAAAACAGGGCGUUGUGAAUCUAAACUGAAUUUGAUUUCGGACACUUGGCCAUGGCCUUACACUUUGACCUGAUGCAACAGACCCCUUGUGCCACGAGAAGACACCGAGCUUCUAAUGAAUGUACGGCAUACAGUACACUUUCUUCGUCUAUGCGUCAUGAAUCAUGUCCUUCAAGAGAAUGACCUCACAGAAUGAAGUAUACGCAUGAUGGACUCUGUGACCAAGGGGCAUUGGACAGCAUUCUCACCAAAGCAUCGUCUCCUGUCAUCUUGCAUGGUCCCCCUGGCAUUUCAGGAAGGAAGGAACUUCAAAAAAAUGAGUCUAUGUGAUGAAGCCCUCAGGUUUCCUUCCUGCAUCUCUGUAGCUUGUUGGGUCACUCUUUGCCACUGCAUCAUAGUUAAAAAAGCCCACAGUGCAAAAAAUCAAAUAAACAAACAAAAAUAUUCAAAUAGCCAGCAUUAAAGUGCAUGUUAGAGGCGCGGUGCCUUGGAUAGUUUGUUUUAAUUUAGUGGAAUUAGUUAUAAUAGAGGCAAUUCAUAUGCCCUUCUCUCCUCUAUGCCUUGAAGCCCAUUUCCUCAUUCUGCAUGAUCCAACUGAGAUCAAGUCCGAGGGUCACUGCUUCUCUUCUGAAGUCUAUAUUUCUCCCUAAAUGUGACUCUUGAUUAGUUGAGAUUAGAUUGGGAUUUAGGACUAAGGUCUUUCGCUGGAGUGUUAACUUUGGACCUCACGAUGACCUUGUUUUUGCUUCUUUUAUCAUCCCUGUGAGAUCAGUAGGUCAGGGGUUAUUUUUUAGCUUGAGGAUUAAAUUGAUCCGUCUGGCAUGGUGUAAUGCUUAUCAUACAUCCAUUAUCUCUUUCACGAAAAUAAUUCUUACGUUCUCUCAAACGUGCCCUUAACCUCAGCCAUGUACAGACAAAGCAUUUUCAGGACUGAGAAGAUUAAGAGUCGUUCAGAAAGGCAUUAGUCUGAGUGCAUGAACUUUAGUAUCUAUGCAUGCAGUUUUGGGAAAGGUUCCAGCUUCAUAUGAGAGAUGCUGCAGACAGCAUGGAGGUGAUUGUAUGGAAUACAGCACUCCUCUGCCUUACUGACACAACUAGAGCACACUGACCAUGUGUUUACGGUACAACGGUGGACCUAAGAGAUUUUUUAGGCCACUGCUCAUGGCAUUAUUUCAGCAUUCUAAUGGGCAGAACUGGAGUUCAGAAUUCAAACGUAUCAUUUUCUACAUUCACUUUUUCUUUGCACAUUUACAGACUGUAUUUUUGGAAAGUAAAAUUUUCCUUUUGCAGUUUUGUAUUUGAUUCUACUAUAACAAUCUGUUUCAAUUGCUUUGGUUUACUCUGGUAUUGCUAUGUUGCUUUUAAAUCUGUAUUUCUUGUUUUCAUCUGCACAUGCUCUAACUUCUGUGUCCCUUUAAGCAGAACACUGAACCUUUCAGCCAUUAAGUCAUUAUGAUAUUUUUGUCCUUAUGACAUGAUUAGUAACUGCUAAUGUGCGAGAUAACUUGAUCUAUAAUGUGUAUGUUUAACUGACAUGAUUGUAAAAAUUAAUAAAUCCAGAUUUUGUUUAUGAAAAAAAAGAAGUAAUAAAUCAAUCCUGCGUAUAUGUAUACACAAACACCAAGAUAAAAAAAUACUAAUACAACACAUUUACAGCAA